CCACUGCCACGACCACCUGAAUCUGAGUUUCGGAAUAAGGCAGCCACUGAUACCAUCCGUCAGAACCCAGCGCUGUUCAAACUGGUCUCACCAAUCAACGUGGACCGGUUUGAGCAGCUCCUCGCAGAACAUCCCAAUCGUCCUUUUGUCCAUUCUGUCUGCGCGGGUUUUCGACAUGGCUUCUGGCCUUUUGCGUCCGGACGCCCACCGGAUUAUCCUGAUACUUGGGACGAGUCUCAGGCAGAGAUCUCUGACCCGAGUCAGCUUGAGUUCAUUCAUGCACAGAUCAAUGAAGAACUCCAACUCAACCGGUUCUCGCCUGCUUUCGGGCCCGAUCUCUUGCCAGGCAUGUACAGUUCGCCUAUCCACGCUGUGCCUAAACCCGGAUCCGACAAGCUUCGUUUAGUUACCGACCAGAGUGCAGGGGAUUAUUCACCAAACUCCCUGAUCGAUAGGCGGGACAUCGCUGGCGCCUCCCUAGAUAAUAUUCGAGAUCUGGGGUAUGCCUUGCGU